AAGAAAGAAAAAAAGAAAGGAAGGAAGAAAUACAUUAAUCAAUGGAACUGAAUUGAAGAUGCAGACAUAUAUUCACGCACCUAUGGACACCUAAUAAAUGGAUCCAAUAUAAUCCUCAGCAUAAAACUAGAUAUACCUAACCUGAAAGAAGAGGAAAAUGGGGACUAGCAUUGAGUACAUUGACACUGGAGAUAAAUUUAUGAAUAGAAUAUGGAUAGUAUAGGCACUAAGAGCAACAGUUUAAUAAACAGGACCUCCCUCAUGAAACUAAAAACUUUCUGUUAGGCAGAGGGCACCACCAAUUGGACAAAAAAUGGGAAAAGAUUUUACUUACACCAUAUCUGAUAAAGGUUUAAUAAAGAACUCAAAAGAUUAGAUAUCAAAAACCCAAAUCCAAUUAACAAUAUAAUUAAAAGUAUAAUCCAAUUAAAGACAGGCACAGAUCUAAACAGAGAAUUCUCAAUAGAAAAAUCUCUAAAAGCUGAGAAACAGUUAAAGAAAUGUUCAACAUUCUUAGCCAUCACGAAAAAGCAAAUUAGAAAGACUUUGAGAUUCCAUCUUAUACCUGUCAGAAUAGUUAGAUCAAUAACAAAAGUGACAGCUAAUGUUGGUGAAGAUGUCAAGCAAGAGAAAAAUUCCCCUCAUUGAUGGUGUUGGUUUAAACUUAUACAACCACUAUGGAAAUCAAUAUGUCUGCUCCUCACAAAACUGGGAAUUGAUCUACCUCAAGGCCCAGCUAUACCACUCUUGGACAUGUACCCAAAGGAAGCUCCACCAUACCACAAGGACAUUUGCACAACUAUGUAUAGUGCAGCUUUAUUUAUAAUAACCAGACACUGGAAACAACCUAGUUGUCAUAAAGUGUGGCACAUUCAUACAAUCUGGUAUUACUUGCGUGUUUUAAAAAUGGCAUCAUGAAAUUUGCAGGCAGAUUGAUGCAGUUAGAAAAAAAGCCUUCCUGGGUGAGGUAACACAGACCUAGAAAGACAAAUACGGUGUAUAUUCACCUAUAUGUGGAUAUUGCCUGUUAAGUAAAUGAUAAUUGAACUAUAAUCCAGAGACCCAGAAAGGUUAGAUACAGAGGAGAGUUCUAGGAGGUAAGCAUGUAUAUCCCUGGGAAGGGGAAAUAAGAGAAUUUGCUGGUGGACAGGGGGCUGAUAGGGAUAGAAGUAGGACGGAUCAGGUUAGGGGAAAGGGAUGGAGGAAGAGAAUGCAGGGAGAGACAGUUGAAUCAGAGGGCAUUUGUGGGGUGAUGUGGAAACUUUCUGGAAUCUAUAAGGAUGACCCUAGUGAGGAUUCAGUAAUAGAGGAUACAGAGUCUGAACUGGCCAUCUUUUGUAGUCAGGCAAGGCUUCACCUGGUGGACUGGAUUUCAUUCAGUUGAGUUGUUGACCAGCAGGGUCCUGGGAGAUUCCCUAAAAAGCCCAAGCUGAUGCUAGGACAGAGGGUGGUUUUCCACGAAGAGACAUCACAGGCCCCAUUGCCAAAGACAACAUCCACACAGCUCACUGAAAGUAGAGUAGUCCCCACCACCACCCUUGGCAGUGAGCAAAGAGACACCUUGUUGGUGGUGUUGGUUCUUACAUCAGUCAGGGGCAGAGCAGAUGGCAGUCAUUUAUUUGUUCAUACUACUAGCUUGAUACCUGGCUUGGUGGCCAAAGUGGUUUUAAACCUGUCACAUAAAAUAAUCAAAUCAAAUCAAAUCCAGGCAGUGCAGCAUGAGAGGAGGAAGACAUAGACUUGUGCUUCCCCAUGCCACAAGUCCAAACACCUACACUUCUCCCCAAAGUACAGGUGGGCCAUAGGCACACAGAGUCCCACCUACCACCACUCAAUGGAGUAGUAGAAAAGGAAGACAGAGACCUAUGGACCACUGGGCCACCCACAGACCUGCUUUUCAGUGCAUGGCACAUGUGUGCUGUAGACACCCACUUGCCACCACACUUGCUCUCCCACUGUGGUCAGACAAGGCAGCCCAGCACAUAGAACAACAGCUUUUAGAUAGCCCCCAUUCCAGUUGUUCAGGACCCACAUGAAGGUCAAGUUGCACAUCUGCUACAUAUGAGCGAGGAGGCAUAGGUCCCAGCCAGUGUAUAUUCUUUAGUUGGUGGUUCAGACUCAGCCCAAGGAUCCAGGUUAGUUGACUCUGUUGGUCUUCCUCUGGAGUUCCUAUCCUCUUCAGGGCUGGCAUUCCUUCCUUCUAUUCUUCCAUAAGAGUCCCCUAGCUCCAUCCACUGUUUGGCUGUGGGUGUCUGUACCUAUCUGGGUCAGCUACUGGGUUGAGCCUCUCAGUAAACAUCAUGCUCCUGUUGUUAUUAAUAUUCUUUGUUCUGUGGAUAUUGUGUUUUGAUUAUUAUGUGCCAGGAGGAUUUUGUUUUCUGCUCCAAUCUAAUUGGUAUUCUGUAAGCUUCUUGUAUGUUUAUAGGCAUCUCUUUCUUUAGGUUUGGAAAGUUUUCUUCUAUGAUUUUGUUGAGAGAGUUCUUUCUGGGCCUUGGAGCUGGAACUCUCUUGCUAUUAUUCUUAGUUUGGGUCUUUUCAUGGUUUCCCAGAUUUCCUGGAUGUUUUAUGUCAGGAAUGUUUUAGCUUUAACAAUUUCUUUGACUGAGGUAUCAAUUUCUUCUCUUGUAUCUUCUACAUCUGAGUUUCUUUCUUCCAUCACCUGUAUUCUGUUGGUGAUGCUUGCAUCUGUUGUUACUGUUCUCUUUCCCAGGUUUGCCAUUUUAAGGAUUUCCUCAGUUUUUAUUUUCUUUAUUGCUUCCAUUUCGACUUUCAGGUCUUGCACAGUUGUAUUUAUUUCCUUCACCUGUUUAAUUGUAUUUUCCUGUAUGUCUUUAAGAGAUUUAUUUGUUUCCUUUUAAAAGACCUCUAUAUGGCUGGGAAAUGGUGGUGCAUGGCUUUAAACCCAGCACUUCGGAGGCAGAGGCAGGAGGAUUUCUAAGUUUGAAGUCUACAGAGUGAGUUCCAUUACAGGCAGGGCUAUCCAGAGAAACCCUGUAUCAAAAAACAAAACAAAAUAAAACAAACAAACAAACAAACAAACGAAAAACCACCUCUGAUUGUAUGUUCCUGUAUUUCUUUAAGGAAUUUAUCCAUUUCCUCUUUAAAGGCCUCUAUCAUCUUUAUAAGAUUCAAUUUAGAUUCAUUUUCUUCUGUUUCAAUUGUGUUAGGAUAUCCAGGGUCUUCUGCAGUGGGUGCGCUGUGCUUUGGAGGUAUCAUAUUGCCCUAGCUCUUAUUGUGUUCUUUCAAGGGCCUUUAGCCAUCUGGAUGGUUUUGGUCCCUGGGUGUUCUUCUUGUAGUAGGUACUGGGAGCAGGGAUCAACCUCAUUGGUCCUGGUGUGGCAUGACACUGGUGGAUAUACUUGGUUCAUAUGGUUGCAGACCUGAAGUUUUUUAUAGCUCAGGAGUAUCAAGUCCAAUGUAGGUGGGCUGAGAGUGGGUAGGAGAAUGGAGAUCUCCCUGGGCUAACAGGCUGCUUAGGGCAGCUUGGCUUGGCCCAGAAGCCUCAAGAGAACAGGGAAGAUGAGUGGGGGAAGGGAAGCUUACCUGUAUGGUUCGGUAAUCUCAUGGAGGUGGAGAAGAAGCCAGAAAAUGGACUGAUGUUCCAUUUCUUACUUGCCCCCGUUUCACCAUCCCAAUAACAUAGGCACCUGAGCAGAAGUGCGAGGAGUCAGGACAGUCAUACACAGGAUCACAGCAACUAUGGCUUCACAAUUCAUGAAGAAUUUAAAGGAGGAGGUGACCUGUCCUGUCUGUCUGAACCUGAUGGUGAAACCUGUGAGUGCAGAUUGUGGUCACACCUUCUGCCAAGGCUGCAUCACGUUGUACUUUGAAUCCAUCAAAUGCGAUAAGAAAGUGUUCAUUUGCCCUGUGUGCCGAAUUAGUUACCAGUUUAGCAAUCUGAGGCCUAAUCGAAAUGUGGCCAACAUAGUAGAGAGGCUCAAAAUGUUCAAGCCCAGCCCAGAAGAGGAGCAGAAAGUGUUUAACUGUGCAAGACAUGGAAAGAAACUCCAGCUCUUCUGUAGGAAGGACAUGAUGGCCAUCUGCUGGCUUUGUGAGCGAUCUCAGGAGCACCGUGGUCACAAAACAGCUCUCAUUGAAGAGGUGGCCCAGGAGUACAAGAAUCAAAUACAGAAAGAUGUGCAGAAUGUUCGGUCAGAGUUUAAACGAAUGAGGGAUAUCAUGGACUCUGAGGAGAAGAAGGAAUUGCAGAAGCUGAGGCAAGAGAAGGAAGACAUUCUCAACAACCUGGCAGAGUCUGAAAGUGAGCAUGCUCAGCAGAGCAAGUUGCUAGAAGACUUCAUCUCAGAUGUGGAACAUCAGUUACAGUGCUCAGACAUAGAAAUACUGCAGGGUGUGGAGAACAUCAUAGAACGGAGUCAUACUUUUUCGAUGAAGAAGCCCAAAGCCAUCGCCAGGGAACAAAGAAAGUUCCGAGCCCCUGACCUGCAAGGCAUGCUGCAAGUGCUGCAAGGUCACAGAGGCUCAUCGCUACUAGGGGUCUUCCUCCCUCCGCCAUGGACAAAUUUUCGCACACAUCUUUGGACCCUCACCUCUGGCCAGGAAGGGGAGAUCUUUCAUCCAGGCAGAAGUGGUGAAGAAAAGCCAGGGACUGGUUUUAACCAGCCAAACCAACCAGCAGCCCCUCCCUUUCUGUUCUGGCUGGGGGUGUGGGGGAGAAACUGAAACUCCAAACCAGCAGAUACAGGAAAGAGGAGGAAACUUUUGAGUCCUAAGUACUGGCAAAACUCUAGGCCACCAAUAGAUGGCAAUGCAGGGACUCUGGUCAUCCAAGGCUAGAGGAGAAGUUUUCAGCGGCCAGGAAGAGCUUUUUGGUGGCCAUAGCUAAGGGCUGUCACUUACAUCAGGUGGGUAAAGACCAUGUUAAGGGAAGAUUCCACUCAGCAAGAAGGCAGCCACAAACUCAAAAGAAACACGAGAAACUUUUAUUAAUGUGUGACCCGAAAAUAAAACAAAUGGCCCAGCAAGCUA